AUGCGCUCUACUGAUAAUUUGAUACCGCACUUCCGUGACGACCGUUCUUCGGAUACUGUAGAUCACCACCGCAACUCUCGCCGCGAUGACUACCGUAAUCCACCGCCACGUGACGAGAGAAGACGUGAACGGUCGAGAAGUUUGACGUGGUCUCCAGAAGACAAAAAACGAAAAUCAGAAUCAUCGAGAGAUAAGAGAAAUAGAGAAAAGAAGAAGAGAGGAGAGAGUGUGGAGGAUGAGGAGACGCAGAGAAGAAGAGAUUCGAAAAAGAGAAAAAGGGAUCGCAAAAGUCAGAUGCCACGUGGCAUUGUUCUGACGAAUGGGUCACCGACGGCUGGAACAGUGUACCAUAUGGUAUUGGUAUUCGAACACGCGUAUCGGACAGUCCGUGAUUUCAAGCUGCUACCAGUCGACUCACGUCGGACAAAAACGAAAUUAGUGCCCGCAAUGACUCCGAGCGGUUUGAAAGAAGUGGAACGACUCGUCGAGGAGACGCUUAUCUACGGUGAUACAUUGAGUUGGGAGAAUCUUGACAUGGAGGGACGACCGGUUGAGUUCAUCCAAGACUACAAUCGUGUCCAACCCGUCUGCGAAUCGCGGAUUUUCAAUGGAGAAACACAACUUCUCCUCCACGGAAUCAUGUCAAAGAAUCGGGCGGUACUAUGGAUGUGUGACAUAUGGCCAGAUCUCGAAAUUCCAUACCACCUCCGACAAGACACCCAUCCAAACGUCACAGUCCACGCUUGGGUUACUGUACAACUUCUGGAAAAUCAGGCGCUGAAAUACGAGUUACACUCGUUUCACGAAGCGGCCGACGCAUUUCAACAUUUGGUGAAAAAAGCGAAAUGGAAUGUUGGAGAAGAGGGAAAUCUGCAGACACUUUACGAUCCGAUGAGUGGAAAUGGACCGUCGCCAGAUUCCGUCACACCGAUGUCCGAUACGUUGACUGGAAUUCAUGGAGUGGUGAUUUCGAAGAAAAUCGUUUUGGAUUGGGAUCAUCCGAAUAUUUGCUUUCAUCGAGUCGUUAUUAGAGAUGGAGAUCGAUUUCCGUCGAUUGGAAAAUCGGUGCGAUUCAACGCCGAUCGACUGGAUUUCCUGAAUAUCUACGCAUUGAAGGAUAUUGUUCAGACGAACGAUGAAAAUGAAUUGAAAUUGACGCCGAAGGGAUUGGUGAAAUCAACGAUCCGCAAAGUGGACGAUUUGCCCGGCUAUUUCUACUGUAAAUCAUUGAAUAUCUACGUUGACGAUCCGGAGAAUAUUCUCGAAUCAUGGUUACUGUCACCGUAUUCUGGAAGUACUCUCCAAGUUGGAAUCACCGCCACCGAACCGUCAGCGAAAGGGAAUCCACGAUUUGUGAUCGCUGAGAUUGUAGAUCAAAAGCUGGAAAAAAUUGAAAAGUUCCGACGAGAAGGAAACGCGAAAUUAGUCAACGAACCGGCUGUUGUUAUCGAUGAAAUGGGAAAGAUUCAUGUCGCUAGACUGCCGAAGAGCAAUUUAAGAAUUCCAUCAGACCAGGUGGCAUUCUUCCCACCGGGUACCAAAAUCCGUCUCACCGCCAGUCUUGGGCCACGACGAUGGAAAGUUGAAGAAGUGCGAGUAGAUCAGAAGGAACCAACGAUUCGUACCGUAGCUGUCACUAUCAAAAAUAAAAGAGAAAUAACGGAUAUCGAAGAAGACGACGAAGAAGAGAUGAAACCACAAAUACAGUACUGGUUCUACGUGCCAGCGACUCGCGGAUGCAAAGAACUCCCUUUCCUCCUCCAAUCCGCCGAAUUUGGACUCCUCCAGACGCCUCAAAUCUUCAAAAUGCGCCAGAAUCCGCAUUAUUUCCGAUUCCCGAAUAUCUGGGUGACACUGAACGACUGUCAUCCCGGGGAAAUGAUGAAACCGCCGGCGAAAUUCAAAUUUAUUUAUAUUGGGGAAAAUGUUAACAUUCCUUGCAAGUCGGUGCCAGCGGUCGUUGUCCACAGUACAACACCGGAUUAUCCGGAUUUGUCGAGUGAUUUGGAAGAUGAUAGUAUUAGAACAGAAGACGAGACGCUGAGAAGAGAAUACGCUGCCAAUGAGGCGAAUGUGCCGGCGGUAUUCCCGGCGAUGAGAGAUGACGAGUUUCAGAGAAAACUGAACGAAACCGACGGGACGGACGUCGCCCAAAUGAUUCGAGCAUUGGAACGGAAUCCCGAAUGGAAAACGAAUCCGCACAAAUACAUCAAUCAACAAGUCUCCGCCCACUUGUCGAAAUGCGCGUCGUGUUCGGUGAACGAGUUCAGUGACACGUGUCACUUUACGGAAUACCUGUCACACGCUCUCCGCAAUAAUCCCACAAUUUCACACUUUCUCAACAAGAAUAUAUUGUCGAUGGUGGCGACGAGACGAUACAGAGAAUAA